GCAAUUUUCGAAGCCAAUGAAGCAUUAAACCCGAGACGCGACCCCGCACACGACGGCAGCAACCAUUGCGAUGGCUUGGUCCAUACUGUGUUCUGGAUAGCCUCAAAGCUUGUGCUGGUAUCUGCUAGAGGAACAGAGAAACUAAUGUAGCUAACAGUAGAUCAGGACCUCAUGUUUCCAUAAAAUAGACCGGUUCUCCCACACUGUUCCUCAAGUCUCACUCUCAUCUCGAUCUCGAUAUUUCCAAAACCUCAUCAUGAGAUCCUCACUCAUCCUAUCUGCCACUGCCGGCGCCCCAAGUAUUGCCGCACAAAACAAUGCCUCAACUGCCAACGGCUGCAAUGAUGGCUUCUUCCCCGGAACCGACACCGUAAUCUACACAACUCCAUACACCUAUUCUCAAGUAAUGUCCAUCAUCGGCUCCUACCAAAAUCUCACUUGGAGCGGAUCUCCCGAAGGCUCAGUCACCCUCAACGGCACCGAUAACACCGUCGGAACCGCACGCACAUACGACAUAGCAGGCGCCCACGUCGUCGAGACCAUCACGGUUUAUUCUAAACCUCCUAACGGACCCUACGAAGAAAUCCACACUCUUGAUCUCGUCACUCUGCCUUCCGCCAAUGUGAGCUUCUACGGAGACUACGACGGCACGACUGUAACGCCGACUUGUGAUGGCAAAGCGAGUAUUAUUAAUUUCACGAUCAAUUUCUGUGCUACGAAUACGACUGUUGCGGCGGCGGCGCUGCAUGAGAUUCAUCUUACGGAUGCGCAGACUGUGGGGAAUUUUUUGGGUGGUCAGAAUUUCACGACUUGUGAGGCGAUUGUGAGUUCUAAUUCGACGGCUACGACGACUUCGACGCCUCCUGUUGUUACUGGAAAUGCUGCAUCGGGUGUAUUGGUUUCGGUGUCGUCGCUUGCGUUUGCGGUUGGAUUGUUGACUUUGGUUGGGAUGUGAUGGAUUGAUGGGGAGCCAAUGAUAAUCGCGUAAUUAGCUUUGUAAAUAAAGAAUCCUUGAAGUUCAAGUAUAUUAUUAUAAACUUUGCAGUUCGUUGUAUA